AUGACAGCCGUUGCAGACAACUCAGCCAAUACUCUGGGUGCAGGUGCUGCGUCGGGCAUACCAAACGACGGCACUGGCGUCGUCCAGCUGGACCCGUGGCUGUCGCCCUUCAAGGACUCCUUGAAACGAAGAUACGCAAAGGCACAGACAUGGAUCAAGAAGAUUGACGAGACCGAAGGCGGAGUCGAGAAGUUCUCGAGAGGAACCGAGAUCUACGGUCUGAAUGUAGAGAAGAACAACACCAUCAUAUACCGGGAAUGGGCCCCGGGCGCCACCGAGGCAUGCCUGGUCGGAGACUUCAACGGAUGGAACAGGGGAGCGCACCCCAUGAAGAGGAACGACUUCGGCGUUUGGGAGAUCAUCUUGCCUGCGGUGAACGGAGAACCUGCCAUUCCCCACGACUCGAAGAUCAAGAUAUCGAUGAAGACGCUGAACGGGGAGUGGAUCGACCGACUACCAGCCUGGAUCAAAUACGUUACUCAAGACCUGUCCGUCUCUCCUGCCUACGAUGCUCGUUUCUGGAACCCUCCGGAAUCGGAGAAAUACACCUUCAAACACCCUCGGCCCAAGAAGCCAUUGAGUGCUCGUGUAUACGAGGCUCACGUCGGUAUCUCCUCCCCCGAGCUGCGAGUCACAACCUUCAAGGAGUUCACCCAGAGCAUGCUGCCGAGAAUAAAAAGCCUGGGAUAUAACGUGAUCCAACUGAUGGCUGUCAUGGAACACGCAUACUAUGCCAGCUUCGGAUACCAAGUGAACAACUUCUUUGCCGCGAGCAGCCGCUAUGGGACACCUGAGGAUCUGAAGGAGUUGAUCGACACAGCCCAUAGCAUGGGUCUCGUCGUUCUCCUGGAUGUGGUACACAGCCAUGCUUCCAAGAAUGUCCUCGAUGGGCUGAAUGAGUUCGAUGGCACAGAUCACCUCUACUUUCAUGAGGGCAUGAAGGGCAGACACGAGCUAUGGGACAGCAGGCUAUUCAACUAUGGCAGCCACGAAGUCCUGAGAUUUCUGCUUAGCAACCUCAGGUUCUGGAUGGAUGAAUAUCAUUUCGACGGGUUCCGCUUUGACGGCGUUACCAGUAUGCUCUACGUGCAUCACGGAAUUGGAACGGGCUUCUCUGGUGGUUAUCAUGAGUAUUUUGGCGCUGGGGUGGAUGAAGAAGCUGUGGCGUACCUGAUGAUUGCCAACGAGAUGCUACACAACCUCUAUCCGGAAUGUAUCACCGUCGCAGAAGAUGUUUCUGGUAUGCCGGCUCUAUGCCUACCAUUGUCACUUGGCGGUGUUGGAUUCGACUAUCGACUGGCAAUGGCUGUCCCUGAUAUGUGGAUCAAGAUCAUCAAAGAGGUCAAAGACGAAGAUUGGGAUCUUUCAAACAUCUGCUGGACCCUUACCAACAGACGUCACGGAGAGAAGACCAUUGCAUACUGCGAGAGCCACGACCAAGCCCUCGUGGGCGAUAAGACAUUGAUGAUGCAUCUCUGCGAUGCCGAGCUCUACACCAACAUGUCAACCCUCACACCCAUGACCCCUGUCAUCGACCGCGGAAUGGCCCUCCACAAGAUGAUCCGCUUACUCACCCACAGUCUGGGCGGUGAAGGCUACCUCAACUUCGAAGGAAACGAGUUCGGCCAUCCUGAAUGGCUCGACUUCCCGCGAGAAGGCAACCAGAACUCGUUCUGGUACGCACGACGCCAGCUCAACUUGACGGACGAUCAGCUCCUACGAUACAAGGAACUGAACGAGUUCGACAAGCAGAUGAAUUUGACUGAGAAUCACUUUGGCUGGCUUCAUGCGUCGCAAGCCUUCAUCAGUUUGAAGAACGAGAGUGACAAGGUCAUUGUGUUUGAGCGCGCUGGCUGCGUCUUCAUUUUCAACUUCCAUCCGACAAACAGCUACGCCGACUACCGUAUUGGAAUCGAAGUUCCCGGCACAUACAAGAUCAUUCUUGAUUCCGAUACCAAGGAAGUCGGCGGCCACGGACGCGUCGACCCGAACACGAGAUUCUUCACUACACCCAUGGAGUGGAACGAGCGCAAGAACUGGACUCACAUUUACCUUCCCAGUCGUACAGCCUUGGUACUGGGUCUGGAGUCUGGAGAAACCCAAUAG